AUGUUUGCUCGUGUAAGGCACCCAAGUGCACCGUCACCUGGGCAUGGAGCAUAUACCCGUUUACAACAACAAGACGAUUUGGACGAUGACUAUGACGAUCUGAUCGCUCAUACUUGUAUUGCUCGCCAUCCCAACUCUAUCCUUGUCUCCAGUAAUUAUCACACAACGACUGUACCCAUACUUCCAAAAGGACAAUCACUACCAGACAACGAAGCAACCCAUGAUCUCCAAGAUGAGCAGCAGCAAGAACAAGCCGGUGGUGGUGGUGGAAGUGGAAGUGCCAGUGGCAACACGUUUACGCAACGAGCAUCCUUUUCAGCCAAACGAGCAGCCGAGUUACCAACAGCCACGCGACAAUUCAUCCAAAGCAAGUUACCCUUUCGACGCAAAACAGCAAAUGAGGCGUCCUUUGCAUCAUUACCGAGUGUGAUUAUGGCAGAUAUUCAACAAGGAGAUAUGCCAGGUCAAGCGGAUCCUUUACUCAAAGAAUUGCCUAAACGAGGAUGGACCAUUGUACGUCGUCGUCGAUUUCGAGGUCGUCGUCGCAUGGUGGGAAAGAAAAGUACUCGACGUGGUAGCUUGGAUGAUGAUACAACAACAGCACAUGAUCAACAUACACUCGCUUUUGACAAAAUGCUGAUGCCCACUGAUCCAUUAUCGACAUCCGUAUUUGUCAAAUGGGACCCAGCUUCUGAGGAUGCUACUACUCCCGGACACAUUCCGUCGAUGCAUGAUACUUAUGCUGUGCAACAAGCUCCCAAGGAUAUCCCUGUCAGCAAAAACGAGUUCUCCACCAUUGUUGAAUCAGUACGAUCAGCCAUUCAAGAGGAUAUUCAACCUACACGCAUUAGCCAAGGAUCAAGUGGAUCCUACUUUUGUCGCAAUGGUCGAGGGAAAACAGUGGGCGUUUUCAAACCAAAGAAUGAAGAACCUUAUGGAAGAUUGAAUCCCAAAUGGACAAAGUGGAUCCAUCGUCAUUUAUUUCCAUGUUGCUUUGGUCGAAGUUGCCUUAUCCCCAAUCUCGGUUAUAUUUCAGAAGCAGCAUCUUCAACCAUUGAUCGUCGUAUUGGUACUCGCAUUGUGCCUCAUACGGGCGUUGUUCAUCUUGCAUCACCUUCCUUCCAUUAUGAUUAUCUCGAUCGACGUUCAGCCUCUGUGGUUGGCCUUCCACCCAAGAUCGGCAGCUUCCAAUGCUUCCUUGAUGGAUUUAAAGACGCCAAUGUUUUCCUACGAGAAUAUCCUUUUCCUUCGGAUCCAUAUACGUCAUCCUCCUUUGUCAGUCGUGGAAGUUCAGUAUGGGGUGGAUGUCUAGGGCAACAACAAGAAGAGGAAGAAGAGGAGGAGGAGAAUCAAGAGGAUGAUGUCAUUGAACACCAACAACACCCACACCAUGGAUAUCCUCGAGUACCUGAGAUGAGUGAGGAUCAUUUGGAUACCCGUCAACGACAAUCACCCAUACCCAGUAAACAACGACCUUUUCGAUGGACACGUCAUUUGCAAGAUCAAUUCAAGCUUGAAUUCGAACAACUUGUGAUUCUCGAUUAUCUUAUUCGUAAUACAGAUAGAGGAUUGGAUAAUUGGAUGAUCAAGUACUGCGAGGGUGGUAGCUCAAGUGGAAGCAGUAGCCCGACAAAUGGCAGCAAUGCAACAUUGACAGAUACAGCAGCACGUGGAUACAUUCAAAUUGCAGCCAUCGACAAUGGAUUAGCAUUCCCAUUUAAACACCCUGAUGAGUGGCGAUCUUAUCCUUAUGGAUGGUUGGCAUUACCUGAUGCAUUGGUAUCGCGUCCCUUUUCAGCAACGACAAGACGGCAAUUCCUAAAGGUGUUAUCGGAUCCAGUUUGGUGGCGUGACACUGUGCGUGAGCUGCAUGAAAUGUUUCAACUUGACUCGGACUUUGAUGAGCACAUGUUUCAACGUCAAAUGGCUGUUCUCAAGGGCCAAGGUUUCAACAUUGUACGCGCACUUUCAGAUCCUAAUGCUUCACCUUUGGACCUUGUCUCCACUGAACGUGUCGUUGUGAACCAAGAGGAAAUCCUUAUCGAAUAUGAUGAACAUUUGAUCAAACAACGAAGCAACAAACAACCCGGGAACACAACACCCGAACAACGUCUUUAUCGUUCUCCAAGACCACAUCAUCCACCACAACCAGCAAGGAGGUUACGAACCAAACGAUCCACUUCCUUCGAUUUAAGUAUGCAUCGUCCACAACAACAUACAGCGGAUGAUGAUGAAGAUGAUGACGAUGAUGAAGAUGCACAACAACAACGUCAACAUAAUGGAUAUCGACCUAUUCAGCCUACUCCAAGAAAGAAUCGAGGAUGGGGUCGUGUAUCAUUGGAUAUUGGUCGUCGAAGGAGGCGACGCAUCAUGCGUAAUCUUCGUUUGGGAAAACGACAUGUCGGCAGCGAUGGUGAAGAGGAAGAUUCUUCCAGUGACGAUGAUGAUCAUGAUAAUCCACGCAAACGAGUAACUCUUAUUAUGGAAACCAUUGAAGUAGUCAAGAGCCGCACUCCUUAUUUUACAUGUUGUUAA